GUCCCAGCGAGAGCGGGAGAGAGAAGGAGAAGACCGGGGGCGAGGAACGCACGAGAGAGGCUGGUGCAUUCGGACUGCAAUCAGAGGGGGGGGAAUUCGAAAAAACAAUGCUUCGCACAGCAGGUCGAGCAAUCCAUCAGCAUUGCCGUCAGCGGGUGCCACAGGCGUCGACGCCGCCGUGUGUGCGACAUUUUUCUGCGGGUGGGGGAGACCGGCUUGUAGAGCUCAGCACGAAAGACGACUACGUCAACUUUCCCAGAGAGAAGAGCGUCCUUUACUUUACGGCAAAGUGGUGCCCGCCGUGCCGAAGGAUUGGUCCGUUCUUGGCAGAGCUGAGCGAGGAGACUCCGGCGGUUUCAUUUGGGAAGGUUGACAUCGACGACAACGAGGAGGCGGCGCAAAUGGCCCACAUCAAGUCGGUGCCAACUUUUAAGUUCUUCAAGGGGGGACAGGAGAUCGACAGCAUGUCAGGGGCGGACGCAAAUUUAUUGGAGCAGAACGUGGCCAAGCUUGCUGAAGCAUGAUACCUGAGGGUGUAGCGGCUACAAGAUGGUGUUUGCCCAGUGAACAAACAGACUUUGAAGAACGGAUUGUUGGAACCAUGUGCAACCUUGAACGGAGCAAGCGUAUCCGAGCAUGGGCAUGACACCGCUCGUGCCAUUUUGUGAUCGGGGUUGAGAAUAAACUCCUAGCUCCUUCGAAGCAGUCGGGGCAAUUUUAUCAACGAGUGGCAACGGUUUGGGCUGUUGGGCGGGCCACGACUCGAUUUGGCUACGGUCUCGCCAGAUGCGAUGUUUGUGCAACGUGCCAAAUAAAUUGGGUGCUCCUGUUGGAUUAAUGCAAGUCGAGUCGAGUGUUGGUGUGCAUGAAGGUUUGGUUGGUUGGUUGUACAAGCAUGCCCGUGUUUAUUUUUCAGGGCUCCCCUCCCUCAUGGAUCUAUCUCUACACCAAUUAGCUACAAGCAGGCAGCACCGGGGUCCACGAUGUUGUCUAGCAGUGGAGGGUGCGGCGAUGCUGUGCCGUGCGAUAGGGCCCGACAACGCUGAACUCGGCUCCAGCUCCGGUGCGGAUGUGGUUUGCGCUCGGCACUCACGGUCGUUUUUUAAAGAGGCCAGUGCCGGAGCAGCUACAGCAGUUACACUCUUUGUUUUUUGUUUUUUUAUGGAAAGGAUGGAAAUCACCAGCCUACGUUUCAUUGGGUAAUAAUGCAAGCCAAUGCUUUGUUGACUCGUUGGGAUCGAUGACGUCAGAAGGCGGUUACACUCAUUUGGCCUCAGAGUUCGGAGUUGAACCAUAAUAUGAUGACGUCGGC